CUCUCUUCUCGGGCUCUCGUCUAUUUGACGGCCCUGUGCUGUAUCUUGUGAUCACCUCAAACAACCAAGAAACGGAAAUAAAAUAUUAAAUUUAAUGAAGAUAUAUAAUUUCGAGGGAAAACCCAGAAAGUGGAACGAAGAAUUUGAAUCAGAGUGAUAAAUUCUUUCGCUUUCUGGAAGCCCAGAAGACGAUUAGAUGCUUUUGAUACCAAUUUCGUUAGGACAGGAAACUGAGACCGUCUGCAUUUAUUGAUCACUUUCUUGUUAGAUUCGAGAAAGAGCCGCUUCUAUAUCGUACCUUAGUCAGUUUGUUUGAAGAUUGUGAGAGGAGCAGUGACAACAAGGGAAGGGUCGUCGGAGGAAUUGGGCAGGUGCUUCCAGAAGCUGGUUAUGGCGGGUUCUGGGGUGAUGAAGAUGGAGGGUUUGGCGAUUAAGGAGUGGAAAGACAUCCCGGUGGAGCUUCUGAUGAGGAUCCUUACACUUGUUGACGAUCGGACGGUGAUCAUUGCCUCUGGUGUUUGCAGUGGCUGGAGAGACAUCAUCUGCUUUGGCCUCACUCAUCUUUCCCUCUCUUGGUGCAAGACGAACAUGAGCAGCUUGGUUCUCUCUCUUGCUCCAAAGUUCACAAAGUUGCAGGCUUUAGCACUGCGUCAGGACAUUCCACAACUGGAAGACAACUCUGUGGAAGCCAUAGCGAAUAACUGUCACGAGCUACAAGAUCUAGAUCUAAGCAAAAGCUUCAAGCUUUCCGAUCGUUCACUCUAUGAUCUAUCCCGCGGUUGCCCAAACCUCACGAAACUCAACAUCAGCGGCUGCACUUCGUUCAGCGACACGGGUCUUGCCUAUCUGACGAGUUCUUGCCGGAAGCUCAAAGUUCUGAAUCUCUGCGGAUGUGUGAAAGCUGCUACCGACAAUGCAUUGCAGGCGAUUGGGCGUAACUGCAGCCAAAUGCAGUCCCUGAAUCUUGGAUGGUGUGAUGAUAUAAGUGAUGAUGGGGUUAUGAGCUUAGCAUAUGGUUGCCCUGAUCUCAGGACUCUGGACCUCUGUGGAUGUGUUCGCAUCACAGACGAAAGUGUGGUAGCGCUGGCAAACAGGUGUGUCCGUCUACGGUCACUGGGAUUGUACUACUGCAGGAACAUCACGGACAGAGCCAUGUACUCUCUUGCGGCGCAGAGCAAACCCGAGGUUCGGCGGAGAAGAUAUGACGAGGAAGAAGGGCUGAGAAACCUCAACAUCAGCCAAUGCACUGCCCUCACGCCCUCCGCGGUUCAGGCGGUGUGCGACAAGUUCCCGGCCUUACACACAUGUUCCGCCAGACACUCCCUUGUCAUGAGCGGCUGUCUUAGCUUGACCUCCGUUCACUGCUCUUGUAUCGUCCAGUCCCAUCGCGGGCUUAACCCCACCGCCCACUGAACUAAACCCUUCUGUAUAUAUUCCUUGUAUCUGAAUUAUGUUGUAUUUACGAGCUUAGUUAUAUACUAUGAAUGAUAAAGACGAAGACUUUGGGGAUA